ACCUGCGAAAAAACAGGAAGUAAUGGGUUUUCUCGCGAGAAGAAAUGGCUUCAAACUUCCCCAUGAGCCCUUGCGAGUUCUCUUUCUAGCCGGCGCCUGAGAAUGGGUAUCUCGAGGGACAACUGGCAUAAACGCCGCAAGACCGGCGGUAAACGCAAGCCUUAUCACAAGAAAAGGAAGUAUGAGCUCGGUCGCCCACCCGCAAACACAAAGAUUGGACCUCGUCGUAUCCACACGGUGAGGGUCCGUGGUGGGAACAAGAAAUACAGGGCUCUCAGGCUUGACGUUGGCAACUUUGCUUGGGGCUCAGAAUGCUGCACACGCAAGACCAGGAUUAUAGAUGUGGUCUACAACGCCUCCAACAACGAGCUGGUGAGAACCAAGACCCUGGUGAAGAACUGCAUUGUCCUUGUUGACAGUCUUCCCUUCAGGCAGUGGUACGAGGCUCACUACGCCACUCCAAUGGGACGCAAGAAGGGAGCUAAGCUGACCGCUGAGGAGGAGGAAACUCUGAACAAGAAGAGGUCCAAAAAGAUUCAGAAGAAGAUUGAUGAGCGCAAAAAGACCAGCAAAGUCAAUCCCCUCUUGGAGGAACAGUUCCAGCAGGGAAAACUUCUUGGUAAGACAAACGUCUACAAAGUUAUUUUAAAUCAUGGGGCUCUUUUUAUUCCCAUUGCUGUUCAUCGGAGAUAGAAAUGUUGGCACACCUUAACUACAUCCUUUAAAUUCAUCUUCUUGGAUGAGUACUUAAUGUUAUCUGCAUGUAAUUAAACGUUGGUGAUUCUCUCCCACAG